AUGGGAAAUGCAAACUCCAAACAAUACCAUUCAAGUUCGAUGCAGCCUGUCACUCUAUGCUGGAAUGACGAACUCAUCGGCUCUUGCACCCUCUCCGAAUUGCACCGCAACUUCCCUCGUCUCCGGCGUGGCUUCCAUAACUUUGACCCGAGAGGUGACCGCCACUCCCGUAGCCUCGGGCAAGUUACCAUAGUCUAUGAUCUUGCCCCCCUCCGAGAUGUAGUUCUCUGGGCCCGGCCCCCAGAGCCACAGGCAGACGAAGCUCGGCUGGUGUCUCCCACUCGCUUUGGCGGUAGUGAAGCGCUAAGAAUUGUAGUCUUCACCUUAUUCCGCCGUAUAAAAAAUGGUCAGACAUACAAUGUGCGUGCAGCCUUAACUGAAGCCUUUACCGCCGGAUACCCCUUUCGCCAUGAGUUUGGCCCAAGAGACCGGGAACACGAGCUUCAGCCUCGCCACAUGUCUCAAUACAUUACCGACGAAGAUCUUGGCCUUCGCGAUAUCUCCGCCUACCUUACACUUCUAGAAUCCUUUGUCGAGGUUUCUAUCACCCUCGAGUGCCUUGAAAACGGCCAAAACCCCACCCGCGAGCAUAUAGAAAACUCAUACCUCAAAUAUCGUAAAAAUAUCAAGCAUAAUCUCUCUAAUAUCGAAGAGUCUCUCCGCUUUCUUCGUCUUGGCGAUCUUUUAGCUCACACGCAGAUGAUGCAAGACUUCACCUUUCCUGUCCUGUCGUCCUAUGACACAUUGUUCAAACACUACAAUACUAACUCUCACAAUAUAACAUUCGCACAAUACGGCGAACGACACUGGAACCUCUCCCGCCGUUUGUGCGACUAUCUCGAACUUGAGCACAAUGAGUUCCAAAAAAGAAAGAAGGCUCGUGAAGUCGCUAUCCUUGCUGAAACUCCCCGCCCGCACAUAGGUCUUGAAGAGGCUCUCCCAAUGGCGACAUAUGAUGAAUCUCAGCCUCUCGAAAAUAGUGUUUUUAUAACCCUUAGUCCGCAGAUUCUUCAAAAAAUCAUCGAAAGCUCACCGGUAACCGUAGAUCCAGCGCAAUCUACCUACCAUAUAAUUUCGCAGGAGAAUUUAGCCGGCCCACAGCUCCAGAUUACCAGCAGUGGCAAUAAUCAUAAGGACUACAAUCAUGAUCAUGUAGUAAUCCAACUUCGCAUGUUCCAAACCCCCUCAAAGCAUUCUUUGGGGAUGCAAAGCGACCGUAUAACCCCAUCCCACACCCCCAUCCCGUCCCGACGUGGCUCACCAGCUCCAUCAGAAUACUUUUUUGGCCCACAUCAAGACCACCACAGUUUCCCUAAACCAAAUAAUAUGGUUAACGGCGCACAUACUGGUAUUGGAAUAGGCGGUAGAUCGGGCAUAAAUAGAAAUAACACAUUCCACACCCUGGACGACUAUGGCUUCCCAGCAACUGCUCGUCCCAGCCGUGAUGAUUUUGAUGGCGAGCAUAGACGGUUCAAUAAAGAUGAUCGGUUCCGCGGCCGACGGAUGCCAGGAGGCCCUGACGAUCUAGGAAUCGGGUUAAGCAUUGACGGUGGUAGGUUCGAUGGGUUAGGAAGAGAUGGGGUGAUGGGCCAUGGGUUUGAUGUGCAGACUAUGGUGGCAAGAAUGAUGGCACAGGCUGUAAGGGAGGAGAAGAAGAGGGAUUAUGUGAUGCCAUGGCAGAGGAAUGGGCCCGCAAAUGGGCAAAAGUUGAUUGGAUACACCACUGGGGAGGGGUAUAGAUGA